AUGGCCGCCGCCCAGGCGCUGUUGCUGUACGGACAGGCGACGGCUCUGAUGAUGGGGUCGCAAUACAUCGAACGACACCAACGCCUUGUCCUACUCGUACCGGUGUGGGCGUCACUCGGCCUCGCGUUCAAGGACAUUGCCCACAUCCCGCCCUUCAUGGGAUUGAACGUGCAGCUUGGCAUGCUCAUCAUCAUCACCUUCCUUUACUGCCCGAUACUGCUUGCGUCCUCAGCCAAGACCUUGAACAUCAACCAGCCCCGCUGGGAUCUGCCGGCCGCGUACCGGCGUUUCAACAACCCUCGCGGACUGCCAGCAGUGUCCUUGGGCCAGCCCGAGGCAUGGCUUCGCCGUCGGCUACAGUUCGUGGUUUUUGGCGUUGUGAAAGUGAUACUGAUCGUGGCCUCACGCGCCGUCGUUGACCACAUUCUGACACCCCACCUGGCCACAUCCACUAUACACGACUUCUCACCCGCGAAGGAGUGGGUGGUCCGUCGGUUGCUGUUUGGCGACGUCUCGGCGCGCGACAUCUUCAUCCGUACAUAUGUGGCCCUGUCGUGGAUCAUCGAGACCUACUCCCAACUCACGCUUUGCCAUAUAGCGUUGGGCUUUGUGUUCGUCGUCAUCUUGCAGUUCGACGAGCCUGAGGAGUGGCCUCCUUUGUUUCGGUCUCCACUAGAGGCCUUUACUCUUCGGCGAUUUUGGGGUGUCUUCUGGCAUCGUCUAAUCACACCGUCAGCCACGGCCUGGGCGCGCAGCAUUGCGAGCCGACUGCCACUCCUGAGGAGCAGCCCAACACUGGAGAAGCUGUUUACCGCAUUCUUCGUUUUUACCACUUCUGGGCUGGCGCAUGUACUGGUCGGAUGGAGACUCGGCGACAAGGCCCUUGAGAGAGACCUGUUCUUCUUCUGGGCAAACUUUGUCGCGAUCGGCAUUGAGAUCGCGCUAUCGAGGCUUGGCAAAAGGAUCAACAGGAACCCUGCCGUCAAGUUGCUCAGCAGGAUGUUUGGGUAUGCGUGGGUUGUUGGCUUUUUCGUGCUGACCGUGCCUCACGUUUUGUUUCCCAAAAUGCACUACGCAAUCCGUGCUCAGAUGUUUGCUCGCAUGUUUGAGAGGACGAAGUGA